ACAACUUUAAGUAAAUUUACAGCCUAUAAUAUAAAAGGUUAUGACUCAAAUGGCGCUUUCGAUGUAUAUAGAAGAUUUAAUGAAUUCUAUUGUUUGAAAGAAGUUUUAGUUGUAAGAUGGCCUGGAUGCUUCGUUCCUUCUAUACCUGCAAAAGAGAUGGUUUUUAUAUUUAUUCCCUAAAUUAUAAAAAAUAAAAAAAGAAUUCUACAAGUCAAAAUGUAGUUGAAAAUAGGGCAAGAUUUUUGAAUAGUUUUUGCAACUAAGUAUCUAAAUUAAAGCAUCUUUAUUAUUCCGACGAAUUUUAGCUUUUUUUGCGUUCUAAAGAUUGUGAUGUUUCAAAGGUUCUAAAUAUUUUUAUAUAUAUAUUUUUAAAAAUUUUAUAAAAGGCAUUAUAAAAUAUGAAAAAAUAUAGUGUUAUAGAUAUUAUUGAUAAAUAUUAAAUUUAAUUCCCUAACUUUAUAAAUGUAAAUAUAUUAUUAAGCUUUUUAAUAAUUACUAUUCAUUCACUUUCUAGAAAAAACCUUAGUAAGAAUUAAAUAUUAAAAUUGGAGCUUUCUUUAUGUUUUUAAGUAAAGCCAAAGGAUUUAAAUGAUAAUUUUGAUUAGUUGAAUUCUAAUUUAUUACCUGAAUAUGAAAAAUGUUUAAUUAGCGAAUAUGUAGCAUAUGAUAAUAAUGCUUUAAUUUUCUAAAAUUAAUUUAAUACUCAUAUAUUUAAAUCAUAAGAAGAAAUUGUAGUUUUUUUACUUAACAUAUAUAAUUAAUUAUUUUAAAUUUAUUAGAAAAAUAGCAAAACUAAAAAUUCUUUUUAACAUUUCUAUGAUAUGGUUAAAUUUGAAUUGAGAGAUGCUGAAGUAUAAUUAUUUUAUUUAUUAUUAUUCUUGUAAUAAAAAUAGGCUUUUAUCGAAUUAAUUAAUUAGAAAGAAGAAUAUGAAAAAAAUAGAAUUUCGCUUUAAAAAGAUUUAAAAUCAGACGAAGAAGAUUUUUCAAAACUUAUUUAAGGAAAAAAGACAAUAAAAGCAAUGUUUUCUAGUGUAGAUGAGCAAAGGAAGAAAUUAGAAUUAUAAAUAGAAUAAGGUCACAAUGAAUCAAAAAAUUUCGAUAUUUUAAUUGACAUUAUUACAAACAUAAUAGGAGAAAUAGAAAUUGAAAGAUUCAAAAAUGAAAAAAAAACCAUAUAUAAAUAAGUUUUAUAAUGUGUUUCUGAAUCAGAAAUUAUUAAUAGUAAUGAUAUGAUGAAUUAUUGGGGAACAGUAAAUGAUAUAUCUAGAAAAUUACAAAAUUGAAAAGUUAAAAAAAAUACAUUUUUUAAGAAAAUUUUAUAAAUAAAAUAUC